UCGACCAGAGGCAUCAUCCAAUGCCAACAAACACAGAAGUCCAAAAUGGAGUAACGCUGAUGACAGCAGGCUGGAGUCCCGCUCAACCUUACAGGAUAUUUAAUCAUAAACUGCCGUUUUGCUGGUGUUAACGAAGUCUUGUUGCACCUGCAGAGAAGUCACCGUCCUUAUUCCUGCUGACGAGCAAGCUGCGCAAAAAAAGGUAACUACAGUGAAGGAUGGAGCCAUCAGAGCAGUCAGGUCCAGACUCUGCCUCUCAGGAAGUUAACCCUGUGUUUCUGCAGCAGCUCCGAGAGCUGGACAUCCCAGAGGAGGCAGCCAAACAGGCUCUACUGCACACUCGGAAUGUGUCUGCUGAGGAGGCGGCCAUGUACUACUACAACAAGCUGGAGAAUGAGGAGGAGGGAGAUGAUGACCUCAUGUUCAAGAUGGUGUUUGUGGUAAACAUGGACCUUGCCAUGGGAGUUGGAAAGGUGGCAGCCCAGGUUGGCCAUGCUGCUGUAGGUUUGUACCAGGCUCUGCAGGAGAAGAACAGCUGGAGGGAGAUGGCCUGGAAGUGGGACCACAGUGGAGCCAAGAAGGUGGUGGUCCAGGGCACCAACGUGGCUCAUCUACUGGAGCUGCAGGCUCUGGCCAUGAGCCUCAGCCUGCCCACGUACCUGGUCCAGGAUGCAGGGCUGACCCAGGUGGAGUCUGGGUCCCGCACUGUCCUGGCCAUCAUGGGUGAGGAGGACAUGGUGAAUAAUGUUACUGGGAGUCUAAAGCUGCUCUAAAAGGCUCAAACCCACAAUGGGGAAGGCAUGACCCUGCAGUGCCACAGAGCAACCAGCAGAGGGCAACAUUUCCCAACAGCACAGAGAGUCUCGGCAUGCAAGAGUGUUACAACCUCAAAAAAGAACUGAAGAAGAAGGGGAAUGUCCCAACACCAGAAAACAAACACUCUCAGCCAUUUGUUUCCCUUUCAUUCUUUGUCUGAGCGGGUUCGUCUGCGGUUAAGAGCAGGAGGGGAGAGACAUCGGUUCUUCACAGGGGAACACGAUGAGGGCAGUCUCUUUCUGGUGACCUUUUUUUCUUUUUAUCCAGGUCACCUACUUAGAAGAGUCUUAAUAGUAUUAUAAUCUGUUUUCAUACCCACCUUGUCUUUUAUCCAGUUUCAGUUAUGGCAAGUCAAGUCAAAUGUUUUUGGUGAAUGACCAGUAUUGUUAAUAUGCUUAUACAAUGGGCAGUGUACUGUAGCCUAAUACUUAAUGUAACUAUACCCAUAGCACAUAUAGAGUUUUCCUGCUCAAUCCACUACUCUUACAGUGAAGGGUAAAUUACCAACCAAUGGUGUAUGAACAUUCAUUUCUGACUUUUAAAUCAUAGUGUGUGUGUGCAACUUCUCCCAAAGAUCCCUAUCCUGUAGGCUUAAUAACAUUACUUAUUAUUGAUAAAUGGCUAUAUUUUGAAUACGUAUUCCUGUUAGGAACUUACACUGUAUAAUCUGUGGUGUGCCAUCCUAAACAUUACGCACAGUACUGGACUCUGUUGUAUUUUUUUUCUUUUUCAUUUUGCAAAAGAAUAGAACAUCCUGACUUAUAAGGAAUAUUGUUAGAAUUUGAUGGUGGGCAAGCCAACAUGUCAUGUAAUUUAUUAAUACUGACUCAAAGGAUUCUGGCUGCCUGUCAUGGCAAGUUUACAUUACUGAAGUGGAUCAACUUGAGAGAACACAGAUGGUUGUGUAAAUGACAAAUGUUACGGACUUGGCUGUAGUCUUGCUCACUUAAAAUCUUGAUACACAAAGAAUUAUGUGAGCCGUUGUGUGUUUAUGUUUUCACAAACAAGUUUUCGUGGGCAUGAGCUGCCACUCCCUGAAUUCUUACUUAAACGUUGAAGAUUUAUUUGUUAGAGCAAUGUUUAAAAAUGGCAGUGUCAUGCAUGCAAUAUAAAAUGUAUAUUUGAACUGAACGUUGUAAUCCCAAAGUCAAUUUAAGCCACACUUCCACACUUUGAUACCUCCUGUGUUAUACAAAAAAAUGUAUGAGUGCUUCAGACUGUGGAGACAAUUAAAAUGCUUCUAGA